UCCGGGUCGUAGAGAAAAGUUGAAAAACGCGAAACACGUGUGACACAAAAAAUAAUAAGCAUGGACGUGAAAGAAGUAGAGGUAGACUUUGGUACCCAAGAACACGCCAAAAAACUAAAAAAGAAGGGGAAAAAACAGAAGCCGAAAAGGGGAAAUAAACCACAGAAAGAAAAUGGAGAAACUAAGGAAGGAGUGGAGAAAGCAGAGACCGACGAGAAGCCGCCAGAGAUGCAUUUUCCACCAACAUUCAGCGUGUCCGAGAUUAAAAAUAAGCAACGAAGGCAUUUCAUGUUUUUGAAAUUUAAACAGGAGAAACGAAAGGAAAAGUUAGCAUUGAAGAAGAAAAGGAAAAAGGAAAGACAAGCACUUGGAGACAAGGCACCCCCAAAAGAAGUUCCAAAGACCAUUGAAAACCAGAGGGUUUAUGAUGAGACGACUGUAGACCCCCAGGAUGAAGAGGUUGCUUUUGAUGAAGGAACGGAUGAAUUCUCGGCCUACUUCAACAGACUUACAAAUCCGAAGGUCCUUAUUACAACAUCAGACAGACCUAGAGGGAGAACUGUAAGAUUCUGUGAGCAGCUUGCUACUGUAAUCCCAGACUCCCAUGUAUACUACAGAAGAGGCUUGGCACUGAAGAAAGUCAUCCCACAGUGUAUAGCCAGAGGUUUUACAUAUCUCAUGGUUAUUAAUGAGGACCGGAAAAUAUCAAAUGGACUUAUCCUUAGCCACCUGCCUGAUGGGCCAACUGCUCACUUUAAAAUGAGUAGUGUUCGCCUUCGCAAGGAAAUGAAGCGAAAAGGCAAGGAACCCACAGAGCAUGUCCCUGAGGUGAUCCUCAAUAACUUUACUACACGUCUGGGCCAUUCCAUCGGAAGAAUGUUUGCUUCCCUCUUCCCUCAUGACCCCAAUUUUGUUGGACGGCAGGUAGCAACAUUCCACAACCAAAGAGAUUACAUCUUUUUUAGAUACCACAGAUACAUCUUUAAGAAUGAAAAGAGAGUGGGAAUUCAGGAGCUGGGCCCGCGAUUCACCUUGAAGCUCCGAUCUCUUCAGAAAGGAACCUUUGACUCUAAAUUUGGAGUGUAUGAAUGGGUUCAUAAGCGCCAUGAGAUGGACAGCUGCAGAAGAAAAUUCCACUUGUAAAAAAGAAAGUGGAAACACAAAGAACCCAACUUGCUAGAACUUGACAACAAAGCAACUACAACUUUCUUCUAGUUUUUAAAUGUGUAUCUGUAUCUUGUGAUCCAGACCUGUAACACUGCUCACUUUAGAAUAUCAACCCAUGCCUUUGUUCCUGUUAUCAGAUCAAUUGCUCGACUCUUACCUGUGUGGACUGAACAAAAACUUAAACAUGGGUUUUGAGUAGCUCCUGAUCCCAGACAACCACAUACUUAUUCCCUUCCCUACUGUGACCAGCCCAUGCUGAUGGGAGAACAUGUGGACACAUUAGUGUGUAGCAAAUCUCCUGCGUGAAUUUGCAGUUGGGAAUAAAGAACUUGUGGUAUAUGAACAAAUUCAGGUAAAUGUAGUUCAUCACAUAAAAACAGCUUGACUUCAAACCAUUUGUAAUUGUGUAGGUCUUUGCUUCUAGAGGCAUUAUCAUCCAUUUUAUUUAAAUACUGUCAAUUGUUUUAAUAAUAUAAUGGUCCAGCCCUGCUGGUGAUUAUACUUAACUGAAACUAACAGCAAGGAAAGUUAUGCUACAAGUAGUGUACUAUCUUAUUAUAAAAAGGUCAGCUUUACAGAUGUUUUCAUAAAAAAAAAGCUGCAUUCAUGUUUCCUUAAUUUCUAAAUGUUUCAGCUCUUUAAAACACUCAAUUAGUGGUCUUAAUAUUUUGGAUCUUUCUAAUUAGAUACCACCAUGCCAAAGUGAACUGCUAUUCAUGUAAAAUUUAAGACACCACUUUCAAGUUCAUUAAAUAAGUAAACCAACCUAUCCAACAAACAUUUUUAAGCAAAUAAAAGGGUAUUUGUUUUGGCUUUCUUUCUUUCUGGACUGUAAUGUUAUGUAACACAAUCUUACUUCUUAAAUUAAACUUGUAUCUUAUUGUGUCUUUUGUUUUUACAUGUAAAAAAAAAAAAUUCUUCUGAUGUGUAAAAUUGUUUCCCAUUCCACACACUAACAUCCUUUGGGGAAGCAGCUUGCAUAGAAAUAAAAACUUUUUUUUUAAGAA